UUCUCAGAUGACCAUUUCAAAUUAUACCAGUUCUGCACACAGCUGCAUGAAGGAAUUGGUAAUCAGCCGGGUGGCACCGCCACCGUGAGAUCCCAGGCUCUGGCCUUGUCGUUACAACGACCUCGCCCAGGAUGCGUGGAGAUGAGACGCAUAUAAGCGGAUCACUCGCAAGACCGAGUCACGUCACACUCACGCGCGCGCAGGGACAGUGAAGGGAUCCUCUGCCAUGGCGAGAGCGGCGGCGCCCUUGCUCCCCUUCUUCUUCCUCCUGCUGUCGUCAACAUCGCCGGCGGCCGCCCAGAAGAAUCUCCUUGGCCGGACUCCCCAGAUGGGGUGGAAUAGCUGGAACCACUUCGGCUGCAAGAUAGAUGAGGUGAUAAUCCGAAAAAUAGCUGAUGCCAUGGUGGAUACUGGUCUUGCGAAACUGGGAUAUGAGUAUAUCAACUUAGGUAAUCGCUUCGCGUUUCUCGCUCGCUUUGGUUUUCCCCCUUUUCAACUCUUCAUGUUUAGAAAUGAGGCCUGCAAUAUUCACAGUGGAUAUAUUUGUUUUGAAACUGCAGACGACUGUUGGGCAUCUCAUGACAGAGACUCCCAGGGCAAUCUAGCUGCAAAUGGAACAGCAUUUCCAUCAGGAAUGAGGGCCUUAGCAGAUUAUGUGCACGGGAAAGGGCUCAAACUUGGACUCUACGGCGAUGCAGGACUGCGAACUUGCAGCAGACUGCAGCCCGGUUCGCUAGGAUACGAAGACCAAGAUGCGAGAACUUUGGCAGCUUGGGGGAUUGACUACCUGAAGUAUGACAACUGCAACAACCAAAACAUCAGCCCACUAACAAGAUAUAACAGGAUGAGUGAAGCCCUUAUGAAUUCUGGAAGGGACGUUUUCUUCUCCCUUUGCGAAUGGGGUGUGGAUGAUCCAGCGACAUGGGCAGGCAGCUUUGCAAACAGCUGGAGGACAACAGAAGACAUCAAGAACACAUGGGAAAGCAUGACGGACAACGCUGACAAGAACGACAAGUGGGCACCUUAUGCAGGGCCUGGUGGAUGGAAUGACCCAGACAUGCUGGAAGUAGGAAACGGGGGGAUGACAAUAGAAGAGUACCGUUCUCAUUUCAGCAUAUGGGCUCUAGUCAAGGCUCCUCUGAUACUUGGCUGCGAUAUCAGCUCAAUGAGCGCUGAAACCAAGGAAAUCAUCACCAAUCAGAAUGUCAUUGCAGUUAAUCAAGACAAACUUGGGGUACAAGGGCGUAAAGUGCAACAAGAUGGAGAUCUAGAAGUUUGGGCUGGUCGCUUAAGUCGAGGGAGAGUUGCUCUUGUGCUGUGGAACAGAGGGCCUGCUGAAGCAUCUAUUACUGCUAGUUGGAGCAACAUUGGUCUAAACCAAUCAGCUGUUGUAGAUGCUCAUGAUCUGUGGACAGUAAGCACUUUGUCUAAUCAUAUGAGCCUCAUGGUUAAAACCACAAAACAUUCUCUGAUUUGCAUACAAAACUGUUCUUCAACCCCCUUUUCCUGCGUGUGAUUUUUUGUGCUUGCAGGAUGAGGUUACAUCAUCAAUGCAAGGAAACCUGACGAAUAAGAUGGAUUCUCAUGCUUGCAAGAUGUAUGUGUUGACCCCAAAAUAGAACAGUAUUCUCGACAUUGCAUAUUACUAUAAAAUAAUUAUUUCAAAAGUCUCGAAAGAUAACAAUGUAUUACCUUGGUAUGUGUACAUGCUGUGUCCAAACAUUGAUAGUGCUA